CUUUUACGUGCAAAACAAAAUAAGUAUGCACGUGUAAUAAUUAUUAGCAACAUAAUAUUUAAAAUUCCGCAAAAAUGCGUAUCGAAACUUGUUACUUUUGUUCGUCUAGGAUAUAUCCUGGUCAUGGAAUACAAUUCGUUAGGAAUGAUUGCAAGAUCUUCAAAUUUUGCCGUUCAAAGUGCCAUGCGGCGUUUAAAAAGAAAAAGAAUCCGCGCAAAGUUAAAUGGACGAAAGCCUACAGAAAAACCGUGGGUAAAGAAUUGGCUAUUGAUCCGGCGUUUGAAUUCGAAAAGAGAAGACACAUACCGAUUAAAUACAACAGGGAAACCUGGGCUAAAGCGGUGGAAGCCAUGAAGAAAGUAGAGAAAAUAAAGCAAAAGAGACAAGGCGCGUAUAUAUUGCAGAGGUUAAGGAAAGGCAGAGAAAUCGAGCAAGAACGGGACAUCAAAGAAGUCCAGAGAGACAUUUCCCUUAUUCGCUCACCUGCAGCCGGACUUAAACAGAGGAAACAGGAAGAGGCUAUGGCCGAAGAUGCGAAAAGCAGCGACGAAGAAAUGGAAGGAAUUGUUGAAGACGGAGGUGAAGUUACUCUUUGAGAAAAUAAUGUUUGAUUUAAUUAAUAAUUGUAUUUACGAACAUUACAAAAAAUAUAUAUCAGUUUAUCGAAGAG